AGUAACACUUAAAAGACGCUCUCUGAUUGGUCAGCGGCGUGGGGCGUGAGGGUGUCGUCAUAUCCGGCUACAAAAAAUCGGUGGGGAAACAUGGCGGCAGUCAUCGCCGUGCGGAGUCCAUUCGCGUUUAUGAGACGCCUGGUCUCUGCACGCCUGCACAAGCACUACUGCUCGAGGGUCCAGGCAGCCCGCCUUGUAUACAGACCUCACUCAUAUUCACUUAAUGCUGGACCUCAACAUCGGUUCUUUCACACAAGCUAUGUUGCAGCCAGACCAGUUGUGCAGUUUAAGCUCUCAGAUAUUGGUGAGGGCAUUAUGGAGGUUACAGUUAAAGAAUGGUAUGUGAAAGAGGGUGACAAGGUGUCUCAGUUCGACAGCAUCUGUGAAGUUCAAAGUGACAAAGCAUCAGUCACGAUCACCAGCCGCUAUGACGGAAUCGUUCGUAAACUGUACUACGAUGUCGAUUCCAUCGCCCUUGUGGGAAAACCUCUCGUUGACAUUGAAACGGAGACAGGCCUGGGGGUGGAAGGACCUCAGGAGGAUGUGGUGGAGACUCCAGCCAUGUCUCAAGAGGAACAUACGCACCAGGAGAUCAAAGGUCACAAGACUCAGGCCACUCCAGCCGUGAGACGUUUAGCCAUGGAGAACAAUAUUAAAUUAAGUGAAAUUGUCGGCACUGGAAAGGACGGCCGUAUUCUCAAAGAGGACAUCCUCAACUUCUUGGCACGUCAGACAGGGGCAAUCUUACCCCCAGUCUCCGAGAUUCAACCGCCUCCUCCCGCACCUGCUGCACCUUUAGCCCCAGCUGCUAAACCGACAGCAAAAACUCCCAGCAUUCCCACUCCCGUCAUCCCCAAACCUGUGUUCACGGGCAAAGAUCGUACUGAACCUGUUAAAGGUUUUCAAAAGGCGAUGGUCAAGACAAUGUCAUCGGCUCUGAAGAUUCCUCACUUCGGUUACUGUGAUGAAGUGGACCUAACCCGGCUGGUCCGACUGCGGUCUGAGCUGAAGGAAUUAUCUGAGGCUCGAGGAGUAAAGCUCAGUUAUAUGCCCUUCUUCAUCAAGGCAGCGUCACUCGGACUUCUCCACUUCCCAAUUCUGAACGCAUCUCUGGAUGAAAACUGCACAAAUAUCACCUAUAAGGCUGCUCAUAACAUCGGACUGGCGAUGGACACAACUCAAGGUCUUCUGGUUCCUAACGUGAAAAACGUACAGAUGCUCAGCGUCUUUGAAAUCGCCGUGGAGCUCAACCGUCUGCAGACGUUAGGAGCGACGGGGCAGUUAGGGACCUCCGAACUCACAGGAGGGACAUUUACGCUCUCCAACAUAGGAUCGAUCGGAGGAACAUAUGCAAAACCGGUUAUUUUACCUCCUGAGGUUGCUAUUGGUGCUCUUGGGAAGAUGCAGGUGCUGCCCAGGUUCAACGCAAAGGGUGACUUGGUGAAAGCGCACAUUAUGAACGUCAGCUGGUCAGCCGACCACAGAAUCAUCGACGGAGCCACCAUGUGUCGUUUCUCUAAUAUGUGGAGAUCUUACUUGGAGAACCCUGCCACCAUGGUUCUGGACCUUAAAUAAAGACCACCAAGCACACCCGAGCCCGAUGAGAUCGUAUCUCGACACUAAAGAUUAUUCCUUAACCGAAGCACAGAUUUCAAGUUAUUCAAGCCUGUUUUUUCUUCAUGACAUGAGAUUUAAAAAACAUUUGCGUGUUACCACCACAUGAGGCUUGCCUUAUAACUAACUGGUGUUUUGUUGUAUGUGUUUCCUGUGUAUUGGUAAGGACUGUAUUGUUAUGGUUUAAGGAUAUUCCUCUUGUUGCCUUACUGUAGAAUGUUACAUAUGCCAUCAUGUAUUGCUGAGUGUUAGGAAAUGUGAAUUUAAUGUAGCAAUAUGUACACGGACCUGUGCUUUUUUUGAAAAUUGCUCUUUUUUUGGCAUUUUAAAAUCUGUUCACACGAACUACAAACAGUUGUGAUAUCUCAAAAAAAGAUUUUGAGGAUGCUGCUUUGCAAUCUAAUGUCAUUGUUUUAAAAGGACAAUGGAAGUAUGUGAUUACAUAUGUGCACAUUGUAGUUUAUCUAACGUCUAGCUGUGGGGAAAUUACAUAUUAAUAAAUUCUGAUAUUCUUA